AUGCCAAGUGAGGGUAAUGAGCAUCACAGCGAUAAGCAUUCCCAGGAGAAUAUUAGGAACGCGCUCGCUCCCUUCCAAUGCAGAUACAUGCAGGCUGCUAAUUCUAGUGCUACACAACGUCUCAGCAAUGGAAGUGAGGGACAAACUGAACCCAGUACCAACCACCUCCAUCCCUAUCUCACUUCCACUUUGCAAAUGUCCUUUCUAAUAUCUGAUGAUGUCAAGAAGAUGUAA